GGCCACAUUCCCCGGGAGUUUGAAAGUCCCACCAAAUCUUCCCACUUCUCAACGGUCUUUCUCUCUCUCCUCUCUCUAUUUCCCUGUUUCUUCAGUAGCAGACGAAGUAGCUCAAUAUCACAUAAAUGCAACGACCUUUAAAUCCAUCACCAUUCUCAAUGAAUCACCUCAAUUUCUCUCUCAUCACCCCCACUCCUUCAUCACCUUCCCUUUUUUCUUUCAAAAAAUAUGAUGCGGAGUUACUCAGAAUCAGAAAACCCAAUUGCAGAAUCAAGCUCAGAAUCCCAAAUUCAUUUGGAACAAGAACGAGAACAAGAAGACGAUGAUUCCCACAAAUGGGUAGCUUUAAAGCGCUCACCCACUUACCAUCAAGCCAGAAUUUCCCUUUUUAAGACUGUUUCUGGUGAUGUUUCUCAAGUUGAUAUUACUAAACUUGGUAAAGAUGAUCGUAAUCUUGUGUUGGAUCGUCUUUCUGCUGCUGUUAAUGAUGAUCCUGAACUGUUUUUUACCAGAUUAAGACAAAGAUUUGUCGCUGUAGGUUUGGAAUUUCCUAAGGUUGAGGUGCGAUUUAAGCAUUUGAAGGUGAAUGCUCUUGUCCAUGUUGGAAAUCGAGCAUUGCCAACAAUUCCCAACGUUAUCUUUAAUAUGAGUGAGGCUUUCUUGGGAAGGAUAGGCAUUUUCCGUGGAAAAAGGGUGAAAUUGUCUAUCUUGAACGAUGUUAGUGGGAUUAUAAGGCCUUCAAGGUUGACACUGCUUUUGGGUCCUCCAAGUUCUGGGAAGACCACUCUUCUUUUGGCCCUUGCUGGACGUCUUGGGCCCGGAUUAAAGACAUUGGGGAAAGUAAGCUACAAUGGAUAUGAACUAAAUGAGUUCAUCCCUCAGAGGACUUCUGCUUAUGUCAGUCAAAGAGAUUGGCACAUGGCAGAGAUGACAGUUGGAGAAACUAUAGAAUUUUCUAGACGUUGCCAAGGAGCCGGAUUUAAACAUGAUAUGGUUUUGGAACUUCUACGGAGAGAAAAGAGAUCUGGGAUACAACCUGAUGAAGAUCUUGAUAUACUAAUUAAGGCCCUCGCGCUAGGGGAGCAGAAAACAAGUCUAUAUGCAGAAUAUAUAAUGAAGAUUUUAGGAUUGGACAUUUGUGCGGAUACACUGGUGGGAGAUGAAAUGCUCAAAGGAAUUUCUGGAGGGCAAAAGAAGAGACUGACAACGGGAGAACUGCUUGUGGGUACAUCCAGAGUGCUUUUAAUGGAUGAAAUAUCCACAGGCCUGGAUAGUUCAACCACUCAUCAAAUCAUCAGAUAUCUCAGGCAUUCCACCCGUGCUCUAGAAGAUACCACUGUCAUCUCUUUACUUCAGCCAGAUCCUGAAACAUACGAAUUAUUCGAUGAUGUUAUUCUUUUGUGUGAAGGCCAGAUUGUUUAUCAAGGACCACGCGAGGAAGCUCUUGAAUUUUUCACAUAUAUGGGGUUUAGAUGUCCAGAAAGAAAGAAUGUUGCGGAUUUUCUACAAGAAGUAAUAUCGGUAAAAGACCAAAGACAAUACUGGUACCCUGGUUGUUACUACCAAUAUGUGCCCGUGGAAAAGUUUGUGGAAGCUUUUAGAUCAUUCCGUCUUGGCUGUAAAUUGUCCAGGGAGCUUGCUAUUCCUUUUGAUAAACGUAACAAUCAUCCAGCUGCUCUGUCAACUUCUUCAUAUGGUGUCGGGAAGAUUGAGCUUCUGAAGAUUGGGUUUUCUUGGCAAAUGUUACUAAUGAAACGAAAUGUAUUUCUAUACAUAUUUAAAUACACACAGCUUCUUUUGAUUACUCUCAUCAUUGUAACUGUAUUCUUUCGGAAAGCUAUGCAUCACAACACGCUUGAGGACGGGAGUAUUUAUCUUGGAGCUAUCUACUUUACAAUAAAUAUGAAUUUAUUCAAUGGUUUCAUGGAGGUUCCAAUGCUGAUACAAAAGCUUCCAGUUCUUUACAAGCAUAGAGACUUGAGCUUCUAUCCUUCCUGGGUUUACACACUCCCUUCUUGGAUUUUGAGCAUUCCAUCCUCAUUUCUUGAGAGUGCUAUUUGGGUAGGAAUUACUUAUUAUUUGGUUGGAUUUGAUCCUGAAAUAACAAGAUGCCUGAAGCAGUUCUUUCUAGUUUUCCUUUUGAACCAGAUGUCAAUUGGCCUCUUUCGAGUAAUGGCAUCCUUAGGAAGAAAUCUGGUAGUCGCUAAUACUUUUGGAUCUUUUGCAAUGCUAGUUGUUAUGGCUCUAGGAGGAUUUAUCCUGUCAAGAGACAGCAUCCCUAAGUGGUGGAUUUGGGGUUAUUGGGUUUCCCCAUUGAUGUAUGCUCAGAAUGCCGCUUCUGUAAACGAAUUCCUAGGGCAUUCAUGGGAUAAGAAAGCUGAAAACAGCACAUUAUCUUUGGGAGAGAUGCUCUUGAAGGCAAGGAGCUUGUUUCCCGAGAGUUAUUGGUAUUGGAUUGGUGUUGGUGCAUUAUUUGGAUAUAUGAUUCUAUUUAACAUCCUCUUGACACUUUUCUUGACAUACCUUAACCCCCUUGGAAUGCGUCAAGCUGUCAUCUCCAAAGAGAAGCAUCAACAUCAGAACCAGGAAGAGGACCAAGAAAAUUCCGCUAUUGAACUAGGAGAUUUUUUGCAGAAGUCAUUCUCAUUUACUGGAAAAGAAAUGAAAAAGAGAGGCAUGGUUCUUCCGUUUCAACCUCUUUCUAUGGCUUUUAGCAACAUUAGUUACUAUGUGGAUGUCCCUGUGGAACUUAAACAGCAAGGUGUAUCGAGGGAGAAGCUGCAGCUGUUAGAUGACGUCACAGGGGCAUUUAGACCAGGAAUCCUCACUGCAUUGGUUGGCAAAAGUGGUGCUGGAAAAACAACUCUCAUGGAUGUCCUAUCUGGUAGAAAAACUGGUGGAACUAUUAAAGGGAGCAUUUACAUUGAUGGUUACCCUAAAAGGCAAGAAACAUUUGCGAGGAUUUCUGGUUACUGUGAACAGGAUGACAAUCAUUCCCCAUGCUUAACAGUACACGAAUCACUGAUUUUUUCUGCUUGGCUUCGGCUUCCUUUGCGUGCUGACCAAAAAACACAAAGGAGAUUUGUGGAUGAAGUUAUGGAACUUGUGGAACUUACCUCAUUAAGUGGAGCUUUAGUGGGUAUACCUGGUGUUGAUGGACUAUCCACUGAGCAAAGAAAACGGUUGACAAUUGCUGUUGAACUGGUAGCAAAUCCUUCUAUUAUAUUCAUGGAUGAGCCCACUUCUGGACUUGAUGCCAGAGCUGCCGCUAUUGUUAUGAGAACAGUACGAAAUAUUGUGGACACUGAGAGGACAAUUGUUUGCACUAUCCAUCAACCCAGCAUAGAUAUUUUCGAAUCAUUUGACGAGCUCAUAUUGAUGAAACAGGGAGGGAAAUUGAUUUAUGCUGGACCCUUAGGAAACAGAUCUCGUGAGCUCAUCACGUAUUUUGAGGCAGUUCACGGAGUUCCCAGAAUCCAGCCUGGUUACAACCCUGCCGCCUGGAUUCUGGAUGUAUCAUCUCCUGCAGAAGAAAGUCGCCUAGGAAUCGACUUUGCAGAAGUUUACCUAUCAUCACCUCUGUUUUGGCAAAACAAACAAAUGGUUGAACGUCUCAGCAAGCCUGACCUGGAUUCUUUUGAACUAUGCUUCCCUACUAAAUACUCUCGGUCAUUCCUCUCCCAGUUUUUAGCUUGUCUCUGGAAACAAAAUCUCUCCUACUGGCGAAACCCACAGUACACUGCUGUUCGAUUUUUCUACACCAUCAUCAUCUCAUUGAUGUUUGGAACAAUGUGUUGGAAGUUUGGUUCAAAAAGGGGUACCCAACAAGAUAUAUUUAAUGCCAUGGGAUCGAUGUAUGCAGCUGUUCUUUUUAUUGGAAUUACAAAUGCCACGGCUGUGCAACCAGUUGUCUCGGUUGAACGAUUUGUUUCAUACAGAGAGAGAGCAGCAAGGAUGUAUUCUCCUCUAGCAUUUGCAUUUUCCCAGGUAACAAUUGAAUUCCCUUAUGUAUUGGCGCAAUCAGUCGUCUACAGUGGCAUAUUCUACUACAUGGCAUCAUUCGAGUGGAACCUCCUGAAGUUUGCCUACUACUUAUAUUUCAUGUAUUUUACAUUACUGUACUUCACCUUCUUCGGGAUGAUGAGUAUUGCAGUUACACCUAACCAUAAUGCUGCUGCCAUCAUUUCUGCUCCGUUUUACAUGAUGUGGAACCUCUUCAGUGGAUUCAUGAUCCCUCAGAUGAGAAUCCCAGUGUGGUGGAGGUGGUAUUAUUGGGCAAACCCGAUAGCAUGGAGUUUAUACGGCCUUUUAACAUCUCAAUAUGGGACCAUAGAUGACCCAGUGAUGCUCUCUGACGGAGUUCAAUCAGUGCCUUUGAAACAGUUCCUGAAAGAUGAAUAUGGGUACAAGCACGACUUCUUGGUCAUUGCUGCUAUUGUUGUACCCAGUUUCUGUGUGGUCUUUGCCGUGACUUUUGGUUACGCCAUCAAAUCCUUCAACUUCCAAAGGCGAUGAAGGAGUUUAAAUUUGUACAAAGAAGAUCAAGAUAUUCUCUCUUUGUUAUUAACUACAUUUGUAGGACCUGUAGGCUGUAACCAUAUAUAUGUCUGACGCAUUGAUAAAAUGUACAUGUAGUUGAAGUGUAGCGAAUAUCAGUAUACUACCGCGCAAUGCAUCUUCACUAUGAGUAUAAGUAAUGUGACGUUUUGUAAUUUUUUA